GUGGAUAACGCAGAUGAUACCGACAUAUUCUAUGGUGCCUCUGACCAGCCAGGUGGACUUUAUUAGUACCUUCCACAAAGCGCCAAUGGGCGCACCCUUUUCACAACUCGUUCUAGAGAGGUGGCAAGAACAGGGCAUCGUGUUCACAUUAUCAGAAUAGCCGAAAUGCAAGCUAAUGAAGCGAUACUGCUUUUGGGCGAACUUUGGGAUUCAGAAGAGCUCCUUUGUGAUAGAGAACACGCAAUGGAGUUGCUGGAAGAACUCGCCUACCUGCCUCUAGCUAUUGCUCAAGCAGCAGUCUAUCUGGACCGAAAUGAUAUCUCAAUCUCCAAGCGACAACUACUUGAACCAAAACGUUUGGAGGGAAUACAUGCCACAUGCUCUUCGAUUGUUGCAAGAUGAAAGGACGGUUAGCCUCGAGGGGCGAUAUGACCUAAGUAGACGUGUUGGACUUUGCUUACAGGCUGACGGAAGAAUCGCAGACUCUGUUGCAAGGUUAGAGGAGACAUAUCGAUGGAGGAAGCUACAUCUGCCUGAAAAUGACCUCUCACGACUCGCAUCACAACACGAACUCGCAAUAGCAUAUAAAGCCAACGGACAAGUAAAAGAGGCAGUAUGGCUACUAAAACAAGUGGUCAAGAUCGAAUCGGCAAUGGCGGAAGAUGGCCCUUCUAGAUUCGUAUCACAACACAUACUCGCAGUAGCAUAUCAAGCCAACGGACAAGUAAAAGAGGCAGUGGCAUUACUAGAACAGGUGAUCAAGAUCAGAUCGCAAACGCUAGCGGAGGAUUACCCUUCUCGGCUAAUUUCGGAACUUGCCUUGGCUCGAUUAGUUAGCAACGAAUAGCGGUUUUUUUUUCCUGCCCUACACUAUGGAAU